AGCAAGUUGAGCUGCAGGGAAAGCAGAACUUACCCUAUUAUUUUGAAAGGGGAUGAGUGGUUGGCCUUGGCCUUAUGGAAAUUCCACAACCACCAAGGAGCUUGCUGCUUGCAAAAUGAUGUUCUUAGGCAAGCCAACGAAUUUCAAUUUUAAAUUCAAUUAUUGCAGAAGCUCAUGUUUUCCAUUCUGAAGAAUUGGGAAGACUUUUGAAACAAGGAGUGCUUGUGUUCAAAUGAGAUUUUUCUGUAAGCUGGAACUGGAAUGUGGAUCAUCUCUGUUGAAUUAAGCAAGCUUGUAAUCUGACUAAAUCAAGCUGCAGUUUUACAAGUUUUUUAUUUGGGAAAGUAGAACUUACCUUGUAAAUAUCCAAACUACCUCUUUAAAAUUUUAUUGUGAUGCCUAUUUGGUUUGCUAUUGUUGUUGUUUAGGACAAGGAAUCAAAACUGAUAUAUUAGGCUAUCUUUGUAGUAUCCAAACUACCUCUUUAAAAUUUUAUUGUGAUGCGUAUUUCUAAUUUCCCAUCCUCUUUUCCAAUUCCCAGUUGCUUGUGCAGAGAACAUAGCAAAAUCUUGUUAGGCCUAUGUAGGACCCCUUUGUUUCGUGACUCCCUUUUUCCUUUUAUAUUUCAGAAGUUAUGAGCAUACUCUCAAUUGUAGGGGUAUUGCUUGUAACCCCAUUUAAUAAUUUCAUUUGCUAAUGAAAAAAAAAAUGUCAAGUGCUUGCUCAUUUUGAUUCUAAUUGGUUUUUGUUGUCCUGUAUUUGUUUUACCAGCUAUUUGUAUGACCUUUUUUUUCAUCUAAAUUUUGAUUCCAAUGCAUGGAGAUCAGGUAGAUAUCAAGAAGUUAGUCUUCCACAUGAGUUAGUCUUCCACACGAGUUCCCUUGCUUGCCUCCACUUGCUUGCCUCCACUCCCACUUCUUAUUCAUCUCACAUUUCCCAUAAUUUUAGUGAUUGCUUCCUUACUACUGUCUAGCGUCCAA